AUGCGGCUUUUGCGAUGCAGCAAUACUAGCGAUUUCAGUCUCACUCUGUUUCCUGACGAGGCUGCCCCUCGCUAUGCGAUACUUUUGCAUACCUGGGGAGCGGAUACUAAGGAGGUCACCUUUAAUGACCUAACAAAUAGUACAGGCAAGGAUAAGCCUGGCUAUAAGAAGAUCUAG